CUAUCUGAAUCUGAGGAACAAACUGUAAUUGCGCGUCAACAAUCAUCACAGUAGCUUUGCGAAACUUCCACGUUUUAGACUGAUUGAUACUCAAAUAAUUCAUAUGUUCUCUGAUUCGGACCGUUAUACGAUGCUUUGCAGAUGUCCGAGUGUAAUGAUGACCUCCUUUCAUUUUUCAAAUCAUUAAAAAAUUGGAAUUAGAAGGCGUAUUUUCUUACGAGCCAGAAUACCAUUCAUGUGAAGAUCCAAAAAACAAGGCUCAAGAAAGUAAUUGAAAAUGUCAGUUUCAGAAGAAGGAAAAAUGUGUACUUCACUGCUAAACACUUUGAGUACAAGAGUGAAACACUUGGGACUUCUCUUAUACAAAAAUAUCCUAGUUCGCAAACGGCACUUAAUUAACACUAUUGUCGAGAUUCUCUUACCAGCGUGCAUUGUUCUGAUAAUUCUUGCAGUCAGAUCUCACUUAGAUGUCGAACCUAUACAUGUUCGUAACAAUACAUACUAUGAAAUGCGUACAAGUACAGACGUGGUAAGAGAUAACUCACGAGCUCUUUUUCGUCUGUAUUACAAACCGCAAACUGUGGUGACGAAAAAUCUCAUGAAAAAUGUGGCACAAUGUAUGGGCAUAUUACCAAGUUAUCUCUCUGGCUUCGAUUCAGAAGUAGAAAUGCUGCGCCAUUAUGAGAUACAAAAAGCAACAGAUGCAUUAGUUACUGUCUUUGCAAUUGAUUUUGAUAUGGAUAACUUCUCUGAACCAAAAAAACUGAUCUACACUAUACGAUCAUCGCAAAAAAUUCCGGAUAAAUUACUUUAUACUGAUAGUGAAGAUAUUAGUGCAGCAUCCGAUCACUUAAUUCAAGAGAUUCCCCUUGUUGGUUUCCAAAUAUGCUUGGACAAUGCAUUUAUUGAAAGUACAGCUCGUGAUGGUGUAAUUAAACCAACGGUUUCGCUCCAAAAAAUGCCAUAUCCACCAUAUGAUAAAGUUAAUGCCAAUGAACUUCAAAUACAAAAUGUCAUCUGUACAAUUGGUGGACUUAUCUUCUUUGCAACAAUUUAUUUGAUACCAGCAUAUGUCAGUGCAGAAAAAUCCACUGGUGUAAAUACUCUACUGAAAAUGAAUGGAAUAAAAUCGUAUCAAAAUUUCCUAAGCUGGAUAGCAUGUGGCAUGGUUUUCAGCAUCAUCAUUGUUUCUUUAAUUACUGCAAUGGUGAAAUUGAAUUUGUGGUCUCACCAAAAACCGUUUUACUAUCACACUGACUGGUGCAUAAUUUGGCUAGCACUGUUCUUCAACCUUACUGCAAUUUAUGUCUUUUGUCUCCAUAUGGCUACGUACUUCUCAAAAACAUGGCUUACACAAAUAGUGGCAACAGCGCUGUCUCUAAUUAUUAACGUAGCUGCAACCCAUUUUGAAAACUACGAUAAAUCUACCUUUUUGCCGGCGAUUGGAUUUCUUUUCCCAACUACGGCUACUAUAAGGAUAUUCGAUGAGCUUAACAGGCAUGAAAAUCAACGUAUUGGAGCACAUUGGAGUAACAUUUUGGAGACAAUGCACCCAGCAUUAAAUAUUUGGGGUAGUCUUGGCUUCAUAAUGGUAUCGAACAUUCUGGGAAUAGUUUUCCACUUCAUCUUUACGGUAUAUCUGGAUGCUGUACUACCCAGCAAAUAUGGCAUCAAUGAGACUCCGUUAUUCUUCCUCAAGUAUUUUAAGAACAAUAAAGUGUGCAGCUUUGGUGAAAGUACACGUAUGCUGAAUCCAGAUACAGAACCACAAAUAUAUGAACGUGUUGCUGAUGAUAGCUUUUGUCCUGGGAUAACACUGAGAGACUUGAUGAAACGAUUUAUACGAGGAGUUAUCAAACGAGAUACAAUCAAAGCAGUUCGAGGAGUAAGUUUGGAUUUUUACAAGGGGCAGAUCACUGCUUUGCUGGGUCACAAUGGAGCUGGAAAAUCUACCACAUUCGCAAUCUUAACUGGUUUGACGUCACCGUCGUCGGGAACUGCGCAAAUUAAUGGCAAAGAUAUAACUAAGGAUAUCGAUGGGAUCAGAAGUGAUUUGGGCGUUUGUCUUCAAGAAAAUACCAUGUUCCCAGAUUUAACUGUCGUGGAACAACUUCGAUUAGUUGGUUUCUUGAAGCAAAAGGAUAGAACCAAAAAAGAGUUGAUGGCAGAGAUCGACGAAUUAUUGAAAAAGUUGGGUAUGGAAGAAAAACGAGAUGUUAUGCCAGACAAACUCUCCGGUGGUCAGAAAAGGCGACUAUGUCUAGCUAUGGCACUUAUUGGCAAUGCUUCUACUAUAUUCUUAGAUGAACCAACGUCGGGUAUGGAUCCAGAAACACAGAGAGGGACUUGGAACACUAUAUUGAAAUACCGUGAUCAGAAAACGAUUAUAAUUACGACACAUAGUAUGGAGGAAGCUGACGUUCUGGGCGAUCGAAUUGCAAUCAUGCACUCAGGAAAAAUGAAGUGUUAUGGCACACCGAUGUUCCUUAAGAAACACUAUGGGCACAAUCAUCAUGAAAUAACGCUAUCAACAACACCAGAGUGCGACAUAGACAAAAUUUGCAAUCUGGUUGGCAGUGAUGCAUCAAUAAAUACGACUCAAUAUGGCAGAAUUGUUAUAAACCUUCCAUUUACCAGCUCUUUACCGGAAAUUUUGGACACUAUGGAAAAUCAAAAAGCAGAGUUGGGAAUUACUGGUCUCAGUGUGUCAAUAAUAAAUCUGGAACAAGUUUUCCUAAGGGCUGCCAAUGAAGAAGAAAUGUCGAACAAGUUUGAAGAUAAUGUCGAUGGGAAAGUAGCACCUGCUGCAAGAGAAUACGAAUACGUAACAGGCUGGUACCUUACUUGGCAAAUGAUUUGCGCUUUGUUAGUAAAGAAAAUGACCUAUUUUAAAGCUAACAAGGGUGCGAGUCUAGCACUCGUGUGUGGAACUCUGAUAGCGAUAUUAUUGCCACUUGUUUUCACCUCAGGUGAUUACAGGGAAAAACCAAUUAUACGGAUCGAUCUUCGAGCAUAUAAAAGUCCAGAAGUGAUGCUACACUCCGAAGAUGAAACUCUAGGAAAUAUGUAUAAGAAGAUAAUUGAAAAUCAGGAUGCUAAAAUCAAUGUCACCGAAGCUGGAGUCUCUCUGAGCAAAGGGUUACUGUCCAGAGCUCUAGAAGAUUUGACAUACUAUAAAACUCGAAUGAUUAUCUCAGCUGAAAUUAACUCAAGUAUGUCAGUAAAUGGUCUAUAUUCUGGUGGGGCGACGUUAAGUGCUCCAAUAGUUUGGAAUACCAUGUCGAAUCUACUGCUGAAGAUAGCGGCGGGCGAUCAGUAUUCGAUCAUUGCGAGUAUCGGUGAAUUGCCGCAAUCGUUAGCGCAAGAUGCACAGAAGAGAAUGGGGAAUAAAGUUGAAAUUCUAAAAAGGAAUAUUUUAUUUCUGACAAUAUUUGUUCACGUUGUUGGUUUGUUCGUCAUACAUCCGCUACUCGAGAAUAGCACAAGAUUUAAACAGUUGCAGCAGAUGGCUGGUGUCUCGGCAUUCAUGUACUGGGGAACAAUGUUUCUCAUUGAUUUUGGAUUUUACAUAUUAGUGGCACAAUUCGCCGUUUUUGGUAUUGUCUGUCGAGACUUUUUCAAUAACUUGUCAGCUGUAUUCUUUUCAGAAUGUGGAGCGGUUUUAUUUGUGUUAUUUCUGCUCUUCGGUAUCAACGCUCUACUCUUGGCCUACAUACAUAGUUUCAUGAAGAAAAAAUUGCACGUUGUGUAUUCAGUUUUAAUUGGAAUACCAUUGUUAAUGGUAUUCAUCAUUAUUCCACUAUACGAAGUGUUAUCUUAUAUGGAUAAUGUUAAAUGGGCAAAUAUAAUUCAGCGAAGAACGUUUUCUUUGGCACCUGUCAUUAGUUUUAUGUUUGGAUAUUUGAAGUGGGAAGAAAUAGCAUACAAAAAUGCUAGAUGCCGAACAAUGACUAAACUUUCAACUGCCGUUUCUUGUGAUACUAAAGACUACUGUUGUGCGAUGAAGUGUUCUGAUGGAUACUGCGAAAAUCCGCUACCAUUUUUGGCUGGUUUUAGUGAACAAGGUGGAAUCGAAGAGUAUGUAGUGUAUUUAUCAAUCACCCCGAUUAUUCUGGUCGGCAUCCUCUAUUUACUGGAGCAGCAGACGUUUGCGAAAUUGCUAUCAAAAUUCCAAGUAAUGUACCACAAGUCAAAGCAUGGUCGUGAUCAAAUAAUAGACAGUGAAGUCCAAAAGGAAAAAAGAACCGUAUGUCAGGAAAUUAAUAAAAUCAGUAACGCAAGCUCUUCUCAAUCCGAUUCUGAGAGCAAGAAUGUCUUUCUGGCUUACGGACUAAGCAAAUAUUACGGGAAAAUGGAAGCUGUCAAAGAAGUCAGUUUCAGAGUAAUGAAGAACGAGUGUUUUGGAUUGUUAGGUGUGAAUGGUGCUGGAAAAAGUUCUACUUUCCGAAUGUUGGUUGGUGAAGAAAUUCCGAAUAGCGGUAUUCUUUACCGUGGUUGCUACGGUAUUAAGACUCAUCGAAUCAAGUAUUUGGCUGGAAUGGGCUAUUGUCCUCAAACUGAUGCCCUAAUUCCAUGUCUGAAUGCAGUGGAACAGUUGACCCUUUUUGCCCAUCUAAGAGGCGUCCCAAAACAGCAGGUGGAGUCAGAGGUUUGCUCGUGGAUCAAUAAGCUACAAUUGACCAAACAUGCGGCAAAACCAAGUGGAUAUUAUAGUGGUGGAAGUAAGCGGCGCUUAAAUAUUGCAAUUGCACUAAUUGCAAACCCUGAACUGGUUUUGUUGGAUGAGCCAACGACUGGUGUCGAUCCAGCUGCCAGAAGAUUAGUGUGGACUGUUCUUAAAAAUUGUCAAGCAUCUGGCCAAGCCAUCAUACUUACGUCCCACAGUAUGGCGGAAUGCGAAGCUCUGUGUAAUCGUUUAGUGAUAAUGGUGAAAGGUCGACUAUUAUGCAUCGGUGCUAGUCAGGAGUUGAAAGAACGUUUUGGAGCAGGCUUCAAUAUCACAAUCAAACUGGAUGCGCAACGAAACGAAGACGAUUGCACAAGAAUCAAGAAAAAAAUAGAAACGGAUUUUACCUGUCAAUUAAUAGAUGAGCAUCCUGGAUACUUAUUCUACCACGUGACUGAUCCCCAAGCGACUUGGGUGAAGAUGUUUGGGACAAUGAACGAUAUCCAAUCGGUACACCAAUGUGUCGAAGAUUUCACUGUAUCUACAUCUACUUUAGAACAACUGUUUAUGCAGUUUGCCCGGUCUACAGACUCUACCACGCAAACUCACAUACAAGCGGAAACUACAACUGGAAGUUGUGUUUGAGGUUAAUCUCACAAGUGUAAAAUAAAGAUACUAUUAUUCUGUUAUUCGUA